AAGAAGAAAAUAAUAAUGGCCUUUCCGGCGACGACGACGACGACGACUCACGCCAAAAGGGACGCCAUCGUUCUGCAGGCCAGCCGAGGUUUCGCUUCGGCUCCCAAUUCACCGAGGGUCUUCCUCCAGUCCAGCACCAUUGUCAAUAAGCGCUCGGACGUAAUGCAACUGAUCCGUCACGCCGACAAAGCCGCCGCCGUCGGCAGUAGUAGCCCUGGCACUAAUGUCGAAUCAAUGCUCCAACGCAUCUGCUCUUUGUUUCCGACCGCAAGGGAAUACGACGUCAGAGAACUUUUGAUCAAAUACCAUUACCGAGAAGCUGUGGUUGUCAGUGCGCUGCAAGUGCUCAAGUAUCCGUUGACGAUGCCCGGCCCUUCGUCGGUUGCCACUCCGCCUGCCCGACACCUGCCACCGACUUAUUACGUGCCAGCGUCUCUUCACGCCUGGAGUGAGACGAUGAGCGACAGUGGCAGAAACUCCAAACUCGGCGGAACCUUCUCCACCACCAGCAACACCCCACUGCAUUCGCCAUUGCCCAAUCGACCCAUUACCCAUUCGCCCAAGAUCAAAUUAAAGUAUUUAAAGAGCGUCUUCCCAGCGGCGGAGGAGAAUUUCCUGCUGGAUCUGCUGGUCGGGAUGGACAAUAACGUCAAUACCGUGACGCAGCAGCUCCUGACACUGGGCCAUCAAAAGAAAGAUAAACCGACGCCCUUAACCCCACGACGCAGUCUACUCUCACCCACUCCCAGCGUCGUCGACAGAGAACCCGUUGUCGAGGAGGAGGAAAUCAUCGCCGUCAAGAAACUCCCCUCCCUCGCCGAAAUGCAAAUGAUGAAAGACCAACUGCAGAAACUCUUUGUCGACGAAGAAGAAGCCGUCAUUCAAUUGGCUUUGGAGAGCUCCGAUUACGACCUGGAAAAGGCCCAGGUGAUCUUGUCAGCUUCUCAGGAGCGCGACGAAUCGUUCUCAACCAUCAAGAACUUGACUCUCAGCGGAAUCAAACACACGGUGACGCUGUCGUCGCUCAAGUCCAGCCCUUCUUGUAUGUCCACCUUCAAAGACAUUGCCAAUCUUUACUCGCCGAUGAAAGAGCUGGAUCCCAACGACGUCGGAUAUCGUUGCAAACCGACGCUUCAACCCAUUACGACGCCGACGUCGUCCCUUUACCGUGGAACCAACCAGUCUCUUUUGGGUGAGAACUACGUCACGCCCAACGGUCCGCAACGCGCUCUGGCAAACGGCCCCAACGGCUCCCUGCGGCGUUCCAUCACCAACAGCCCAUUCUUGAUGUCAGCUGAGCAGCGUGUGACGGCCCAAGGACCGAACCCGAGCAACCGACACGGUCCGAAAGUUACCCCUUGUACAAGUCUUUCUAGUUUCAUCGCAGAUAAAUUCCAAAAGGAAUCCAUGCGGCGCUUGUAAGACAAAAGAAAAACUACCCCCGUCAACUUUCCAUACUCAUCGUCCAAGAGAUUCUGUCCAAAUUGAAAUGCGUUUCUUUAUUAUCUUUUCCGUUUGAAUGAGCCGAAAUUGUUUCUUUGAUGUUGUCUAUAUUAUUGUUGAAUGUUUCCGUGGUUGCGAUUUUGUCUUUGCGGUUGAAAAUUGUUUAGGACGAGCGUCCCCCUUCAAUAAUUUGUGAAAGUGAUUAUUAUAGUCGUCUCCAUUCAUUUGAGUGAUGUCGUGUGACAAUAAGCAAAUAAUGAAAUAGACAACACUGACCUCCCAAUAAUUCCCAUAGACUGUGAGUUUAAUUAAACUGAAUUUCAAUUGAUUUCGAGCAAAGCUGAAAGGUAUACUAAUCUGAUGCUAAUCUGACUGGUAUACUUGGAACAAUUGCCAU